UAAUAGGAGUAUAGGACAGUGGUACAUUAGAAUGAGUAGAGAGUGUUUUGUUGUUCACCUGUAAUGUAACAAGUAAGCUCCAGCACUGUCUUUUAUUCCCUUUAUUCUCUCUCUCUCUUUCCUUCCUUUGAUCCAUGGAAGCCUGUGAUCUCUUGUGAUAGUUGGUGUGUUGGGUAGGGAAGGGUUUGAAAGUGUCGUGUCUUCUAAGGAGCUUUCACUGCACGACGGUGGCCGAAUCUUCUUGCUUCUUUCUCUUUCCAAGAUAUCCUUUGAUUCAACUUUGGAUCUUCACCUCUGAUUUCCUUUCAUUUUUCGGUUUAUACACACUUGGGGUUUCCCCUCACCCAACUGUGUGCAACAACCACAAAGUGUAUACCGUGUGUUCUUCCUAGAGGGGGGAAAAAUGGCUACACUUUCAGAUAUUGGGGUUGCAGCUGGCUUGAACAUUUUGAGUGCAUUUAUUUUCUUUGUGGCAUUUGCUAUUUUGAGACUUCAACCUUUUAAUGAUCGGGUAUACUUCCCAAAAUGGUACCUGAAGGGUUUAAGAACAGAUCCUGUGCACGGAGGAGCGUUUGUGCGCAAGUUUGUCAAUUUAGAUUGGAGAUCAUACCUUAGGUUUUUGAAUUGGAUGCCAGCUGCACUUAGAAUGCCGGAACCCGAACUCAUUGACCAUGCUGGAUUGGACUCUGUUGUUUACUUGAGGAUUUACUUGAUAGGACUUAAAAUCUUUGUUCCAAUAGCAUUUCUGGCAUGGGCAGUUCUGGUUCCUGUCAACGCCACAAGUACCGGUCUAGAAAGCGCUGGUCGGGACAACAUAACUUCGAGUGACAUUGAUAAACUCUCAAUUUCAAACGUCCAUAGUCGAUCUGAAAGGUUUUGGGCACACAUACUAGUUGCUUAUGCAUUUACCUUUUGGACAUGCUAUAUUUUACUAAAGGAGUAUGAAAAAGUUGCCUCAAUGAGAUUGCAAUUUCUUGCAGCUGAAAAACGCCGACCUGAUCAAUUUACGGUGCUCGUUAGAAACAUUCCACCAGAUCCUGAUGAAUCUGUAAGUGAGCUUGUGGAGCACUUUUUUCUGGUCAACCAUCCAGAUAACUAUCUUACUCACCAGGUUGUUUAUAAUGCAAACAAACUUGCAAAGUUGGUUAAAAAGAAGAAGAAGUUGCAGAAUUGGCUUGUAUAUUAUCAAAACAAAGUUGAAAGAACUUCAGAAAGGCCUCAAAUAAAGACUGGCUUCCUUGGUCUUUGCGGAAACAAAGUAGAUGCUAUCGAUCAUCACAACACUGAAAUUGACAAACUGUCAAAGGAAAUAGCGUUAGAGAGGGAUAAUGUCAGCAAUGAUCCCAAGUCCAUCAUGCCUGCGGCAUUUGUUUCGUUUAAAACACGAUGGGGUGCUGCAGUUUGUGCACAAACCCAACAAACCAGAAACCCAACAAUGUGGUUGACAGAGUGGGCGCCAGAGCCACGUGACAUCUAUUGGUCGAAUUUGGCAAUUCCAUAUGUUUCCCUCACCGUGAGAAGGUUGAUCAUGGCUGUUGCAUUCUUUUUUCUCACCUUCUUUUUUAUGAUCCCAAUUGCAAUUGUACAAGGUCUUGCAAGUAUUGAGGGAAUCCGCAAAAGAGCACCAUGGUUAAAUCCUCUUAUUGAUAUUCCUUUCAUUAAGUCGUUCAUUCAAGGUUUUCUACCCGGUAUUGCAUUGAAGCUUUUUCUCAUCUUCUUGCCAACAAUAUUGAUGAUCAUGUCAAAAUUUGAAGGCUUUGGAUCUAUUUCAUCUCUGGAGAGAAGAGCAGCUUCUAGAUACUAUCUUUUCAAUUUUGUGAAUAUAUUUCUUGGGAACAUACUUACCGGAACAGCAUUUGAACAGCUGGACUCUUUCAUUCACCAACCAGCCAAUGAAUAUCCUAUUACAAUUGGCACUGCAAUUCCUUUGAAAGCAAGUUUCUUCAUCACUUAUAUAAUGGUUGAUGGAUGGGCUGGUAUAGCUGCAGAGGUUUUGAUGUUGAAACCCCUAAUCAUAUAUCACUUGAAGAAUUUUUUCUUGGUGAAGACUGAAAAGGAUAGGGAAGAGGCUAUGGAUCCUGGGAGUAUUGGCUUCAACACUGGAGAACCUCGAAUACAGUUGUACUUUUUGCUGGGUCUAGUCUAUGCUUCAGUUACACCUACUGUUCUUCCUUUCAUAAUAGUUUUCUUUGGGCUCGCCUAUGUUGUGUUCCGUCAUCAGAUUAUCAAUGUUUAUAAUCAAGAGUACGAGAGUGGUGCAGCAUUCUGGCCUGAUGUCCAUUUUCGUGUCAUUAUUGCACUGAUAGUGUCACAGAUAGUUCUGAUGGGACUCCUUACCACUAAAGAGGCUGCUUCAUCAACUCCAUUUCUAAUUGUACUCCCAGUACUGACGAUAUGGUUCCAUAUAUACUGCAAAGGCCGUUUCGAACCUGCAUUUGUUAGAUAUCCCUUACAGGAAGCGAUGAUGAAAGACACAUUGGAACGAGCUACAGAUCCCAACUUUAACUUGAAAGCUUACCUUCAGAAUGCAUAUGUUCAUCCAGUUUUCAAAGCUAGCCUUUUUGAUGAGGACGAAGAGGACGAAGAGGUAAUGAGUCUAAAGUUGGAAACUGAGAGUGUAACUGUGCCCACAAAACGGCAAUCAAGAAGGAACACACCAUUGGCUAGCAGAAUUAGUGGUGCAUCAUCUCCUUCUCUGCCUGAUCAUGGCAUCCGAAAUCAUAAUCCAGAGCCAUAAAUCAUGGACCAAGGAUUCAUAUCAUUGUUAUUGGACCGACCACAUAUGUAACAUACAAUGGGCUACACAUGCUUCCAGCAUAAACUGAGAGAAGCAAGCUAGUGUGAUCGGCACAAACUGUAAGGUAGAGAUUCUUUGAUAUAUUAUUAUUUCCGAUUUUGUUAAUAGUGAAUUUGUUCCCUUACACCACGGAAUGCUGUAAAUUAUCCCAGAACUUGUCAUGGUUUAGAUCGUGUGUAUAUUUUUUUCUUCUUUUUUUUACCUUAUGCUUUUCCUUCGGAUUCAGCUCAGUUUAUAUGAGGAAAAAAAGUGUGUUUGCACUUGUGCACGUUUUUAAGUUUUAACACAAUCAAUGAACGACUUUCCUUUACGUUUAA